AUGGAAAAGCAUGGAUCGAUCUCGACCGCCCAACUCUCCUCCUGGGGGGCGAUGUCCCGCGAAAAAAUUUCGCAAGCUCUCAAGCACUACGUCGAACAAGUUCAGCAGGGUGACCCUAUCUACGUCGCGCUCGCGCUCUUCGUCGCCUUCUUUCUGGUCGUCGGAAUCUCCUACCUCCAGUACCACCGCGGGCCUGCGACGCCACAGAAAAAAGCAGCGAAGCAACGAUCGCGCAGUAGCAAGAAGAAAGGCGGCGCAAACACGUCGGGCUCGAGCAGCCAGUUGACUCCUUCUGGUGACGAGGAGGUUCAGAACUUGGAGGCGCUGAGAAAGGGCAAGAAGAGCGGAAAAGCGAAGGGAGAUGCAGGGGCGAAUGAGGCCGUGCAAGCCCCGCAGGAAGAGCCGCGGCCUGCAGACGAUGCGGCGGCGGACGGCGAGGGAUGGCAGGUGGUCACGAAGAAGAAGAACAAGAAGAAGGCGAACUGA